GCGCUCAUUCCAUCAUGCGUCGUUGUCUGCUGUCAAGCAUCACUCUUCUCUCUCCCCGUGGCUGCUGCUCACGAUGAGAUUCAUUCCUCUUGUUCUGCUCUUCUUCCUCCGGUUCUGGCCUGCUGCUGCCACCAUUCUGCAGAACGGUCAGCCGCGCGAGGACCCUUAUCCCGGCCAGCAAUCCCCUAUCACUCUCGAUGGUUCCUGGAGAAAUUACGACGCCGGGGUCCCGGAGAUUGCCUACAAAGGCCGUUGGGAUAGCAAUCAUAUUUCCUGGUGGUCAGCCCCGGGGAUCAAGGUUCAAUUUUCUGGCAACAAGUUAGCUCUAAGUUUCGGCCCCAGCACCUCCAACGGCGUCCUCGUGGCUUAUCGACUGGGCUCCCUGGACUGGCGGUUUUCCAACGUGACAGCCGAUGCGACCUACCAAUUCAUCGGUCCCGAUGAUUUCAAGGAUGGAAUCGAUACCAAAAGCAAUGUCUUUGAGAUGCGCGUGACGAAUUGGGGCCUGGGAGUUCAGAUGGCCGGUGUCUCUGUCGCGAAAGACGCCUACAUCACGAAACCCACUCCGUACAAGAGAAAGGUGGAAAUCAUUGGAGGAUCGCUGGCUGGGGGCCAAUAUGCUACCUAUGAGACCUUAUCGUCCUGGUCCUUCCUCUACGGAGCUGGACUCGGAGACGCGGAAUUCACUAUUACCGCCUACCCCGGUGUCUGCUUGGCGGACAUGCAAUGCUAUGGUGGCGGUGUCCACGGAAUGACAUGGUUCUGGAACCGCGCAUCCGACCCCGGAGCUCGCGCCCACCAGUUCUACGGCGACAACCCGCCCCCAUUCGACAACUCCGCCGAGCAACCGGCCGACCUGGUGUUCAUUCAGAUGGGCGGAAACGACUGGCGUCACCCGAACGAGGUUCCCGGCGACAAGUUCUACCAAGCGUAUGUCGACAUGGUCGAGGAAAUCCAUCGGGUGUGGCCCAAGGCCGAAAUCGUUCUCAUGUCGCAAUGGGGACCCUUUGAGAAAUCCGGGACGGAGUACAAGUCGACGAUGCAGUACAAGGAUGAGAUCAUCAAGGUGUACGAGUACUUCAAGGACCUGCGCUGGACCUUUGUGCACUACCUCAACACGGAUGGCAUUCUGCAGCACAAUGACAUCAAUCCGAAGAACCAUCCGACGGAUGUCGGCCACAUCAAGGUGGCCAGCCAUCUGCUGCAGUGGACGAGGCUGGUCCUGCGCUGGGAUCUGAAGCCGACCGGAGAGAUGCAGCAUGGAACGCUGUACUGGAACGAUGAAGAAGGCUAUUGAUCUUAAUAGAGGGAUGUAUAUUUUGUAAUGAUUCGAGCCAUGGUGUUGCCUUGCAUUCGCAUUGCGACCUAGAGGUUGUUGUGCAUAUUCAAAGGGAGGAUGAUGCUCGACCUUCAGCUGUAUUAUUUAUUUGUGAGAUAGUUGAACAUAGCCUAAAUGCUAUAUAG